UACCGCUAGUUCUUGUUUUCUCUUCACAAGCUCUGAUAAUUCCCGACGUGUAUCGGGAAUUUGUGGCGGUGUAGCUUUCGCAUGCAUCGCCAUGAUGGAUUUCGCAUAAAAACAACGCGCAAACGAGUGACAUCCGGUCUCACUUUUUCCCUCUGCUUGACAUGAAACAUCAACACUUGAAUUUAUUUCAUCUUGCAUGGCUAUAAUGAGAAAAGUACAUAGAAGUUCAAGUGACUGUUAUAAGCCACUUGGAUGUACCUCAUCAAUUCCUGUGAAGUAUCAAACGGUUGUCAUCAGCAAUGAGGAAAAGAAGGGCUUUUGUUCCAAGUCAAAGAGGUUUCUCUUGGAAGACAGUUUGAAUGAAAAUCCUGGUCCUGGUGCAUACUUAUCACAUACACCCGCAGAAAAUAAUAGCCCUUCUUUUUCCAAGAAAGGCACUGGGGGCUUUGCAUCAAAGGCUCACAGAGUUUCUCGAAACUUACAUAGAGGUAUCCCAGGACCCAAUGCUUAUAACCUGCAAUCCAGUUUGCUGCCUAAACACACCUUUUUAAGGGGAAGCACAAGAAAUUUCCGUCUGCCUAUUGCAGUAAAAUUGGAUAGUGUGACCAAGGGAACUCCAGCUCCAAACCAAUACAACGUGUCUUACGGUGGUGUUGACAAAAGCACAACCAUAUCAGCUCACUCUGUCUUCCUCUCCAAGACAAAAAGAAACAUGGCCAAUUUGAAUGGUUUAAAAGGACCAUCCCCCUGUCACUAUAAUGUAAAUGACACCAUAACACAGAAGGACCCAAAGGUGCCCUAUUCCUGUUUUAAAUCAAACAUUGCCCGCAACCCACUUCCACUGAAGAGUGAAGGCCCAGGGCCUGGGGCAUACAACCCUUAUCAGAUCCCAGAGAUGGUGAAAAGGACAAUCUUACCACGGAGACAUUAUCUCGGACUCUCAGCACCUCCUCUGAAACUCUCCGAGAACCCACCUUUGCCAGGCCCGGGGCAGUAUGACAUUGUCAACUAUGAGGGCUCUCCCAAGCACUUCAUGUCCACUGCUGCAUUUGUCUCAGGGACAAGCCGAUGGGUACAAAAUCCUAAAGGACACGAUGUACCUGGUCCAGGGUUUUAUGAUCCAGAGAUUAUGUCAAAGAGGUCUUUCAUAUACAACCAUAGAAAGAACUGGGUACCAGCAUGAGCUGGGCAAAAAUUGUUGUUUAAUGUGAGACAAAGAAUACUCAACAGGAUUUUGGAACAGGAACAUAUACUGCAUUACUGAUGGAGUACAAUCCAAAUUAAUUUGAUCAUUUAGUUUUUUGUUUCAGUGAUUUUCUUUCUUGAUCUUGAUCUUUCAAAUUCAACCACUGUUAUUCCAUUAAAUACUUUUCUCAUUAAAUAGAAAUACCAGACACCAAAUGAGUUUCACUGACUUAAAUUUGCCCAUGGAUGACCUUUUUAUGUCACAAUACUGUUAUAUGCAUUAAAACAGCAAUUUUCAUCAUGCCAAUUUAUGUAUUAAAUGUUAGUCGCAUUGUUAUGUGA